GGAGGCAGCAGAGGCAACAAGGAAGCCAGAGUGAAUUCCAGGGGAUGCCAGGAUGUCUUGUCUCUGAUUGGCCGACCACCAUUGAACGGCUGAUGGAGGACGGAGCAAGUCUUUCCUUCUGCCUUGAUGGACGUGCACUAACAGCAUCCCAAUUGCAGGUACAUGUGACAAUGUGGAAGCUAUGAGUAGAAUUUUAAUGAGGAAGUUUGAAGAAGUUGGCAGCUCCUCUCUCUUCUCUGUGUGGGAAUCGGAUGAUGAAGUUUCGAGCGGCAAAAGUGCUGACGAUGGUGAUAGCGUCAAUCUGUCCACUCCAGACCCUUUUCUUCGUACAUGUGACAGCGCUGCAGCUAUGAGUGGAAUUUUAAAGAGGAAGUUUGAAGAAGUUGACGGAUCUUCACCCUGCUCUUCUGUGCGGGAAUCCGACGAUGAUGUUUCCAGCAGUGAAAGUGCUGACAGUGGUGAUAGUGUCAACCCAUCCACUUCAAAUCAUUUUACCCCCUCCUCGAUUCUGAAGAGGGAGAAACGGAAGAGGACCAAAAAUGUCCACUUUAACUGUGUUACCGUCUACUACUUUACGAGAAGGCAAGGGUUCACGAGCGUCCCCAGCCAAGGAGGGAGCACCCUGGGCAUGUCCACCCGGCACAACAGCGUGCGCCAGUACAGCCUGGGGGAGUUUGCCAUGGAACAAGAAAGGCUUCACCGGGAGAUGUUACGAGAGCAUCUCCGGGAGGAGAAACUGAAUUCUUUAAAACUUAAGAUGACUAAAAACGGCACGGUGGAAUCAGAGGAAGCAAACACUUUGACGUUGGAUGACAUUUCUGAUGAUGAUAUAGAUCUCGACAACACGGAAGUUGAUGAGUACUUCUUUCUACAACCUCUGCCAACAAAAAAGCGAAGGGCACUCCUGCGAGCCUCUGGAGUCAAGAAGAUAGAUGUGGAAGAAAAACACGAGCUGCGGGCCAUCCGUCUUUCGAGGGAAGACUGUGGCUGUGACUGUCGAGUCUUUUGUGACCCAGAAACUUGUACUUGCAGUCUUGCAGGCAUAAAAUGCCAGGUGGAUCGUAUGUCAUUCCCGUGUGGUUGCACUAAAGAAGGAUGUAGCAAUACGGCAGGCAGAAUAGAAUUUAAUCCCAUCCGUGUUCGGACUCACUUUUUGCACACUAUAAUGAAACUUGAAUUGGAGAAAAACAGAGAGCAGCAAGUCCCUGCACUGAACGGGUGCCACGGUGAGAUCAGUGCUCAUAGCAGUUCAAUGGGCCCCGCAACCCACCCACUGGAAUAUUCAGUCCCAGACAACUUUGAAAUUGAAGCAGAACCUCGAGGGACUGUGAUGCACUUGCAGUCGGUUGAUGAUUUGGGAUGCCCAGGAGAGGAGGAGGAAGAAGAGGAGGAAGAUGCGAGCAGUUUUUGUAGUGGAGUCACAGAUUCCAGCACACAGAGUUUAGCACCCAGUGAAACAGAUGAAGAUGAGGAGGAGGAGGAAGAGGAUGAAGAGGAUGACGAAGAUGAGGAGGAUGAGGAUGAAGAAGAGAAGGUGGAUGACUUUGUGGAAGGGUUGGGUGCUCACGCUGAUAUGGUUCAAGCACUUCCUUCUGUCCUUUGCUAUUCUGACAGCACUGCCAUGCAUGAAAACCAUUCGAAGGCAACCUCCUACUACACAAAUGCUUCUUCACUUUAUUACCAAAUAGAGAACCACAACCCUGGCACUCCUAAUCAGAUUCGUGAGACUUACUCUGAAAGGGACGCUGUUAAAAAUGGUAAUAUUUCUCUGGUGCCUUACAACCCAACGUCAGAACAGUUAGUGGACUAUACGCGGCAAUCAGAGGAAAAUUACAGCAGUUCACUUUAUCCAUCUUCAAAUCCAUCUGUCAUAGUAUGCUGCUCUUCUUCAGAAAGCGACAAUGCUAUUCCAUGUAGUAGUUUGUACACUGAGCAUAGGCCGAGGCACUCCCAAGUGGACUUUCCCUCAUACUUGAAAAGCCCUUCACAAGAUGGAUUUGUUUCUGCUCUGAACGGUGGUGCUCACCUCCCAGAGCAUCCCACCGAGAAUUCACUUAGCCUUUCGGAAAAGAGCAGACUGCAUGAAGAGUGUAUCAAAUCACCUGUCAUGGAAACAGUACCUGUUUAAAUUAUUUUAGGACUGAAUCCCUUCUAUUUAAAUGCACUCUGUUGUAACUGGAUUCCUUGGAAUUUUCUUCUUUUUUUACGCCGUGGAGACAAAGGGACAGAUUCUGAUUAACAUUUUUUGUUUCCUUAUUUCAAGCUAUAUUGGCUUAGCCAUUGCACAAAAAAAAAAAAAAGGUUAGUGUACAAAGUAAACUGUAAAAUGGGGAAAUCAAAUGGUCUUUUGAUACAAAAUACCUAGAUUUUAAAAAACGGAAUACAACAAAACAAACAAGUUUUUCGUUUUCUUGUCAGGUUCCAUGCAAGAUAAUGAAAGUUUUACUUUGGAAUCCUCAUGUUUAGAGUUCUAAAUUUUCACAUCUAUUUGAAGAUGGUGAAUUUUUAAAUGUCGAUGUAAUUAAUUACAGAAAACCCACAACUACCCUGAAUUGUUCAGUAAUGUAUAUUUUUUAUUUAGGUAGCUUUGUAUUCCUGUCUUGAGAAAUUGGAGCUGAACAUUUGAGCAGAACAGCACAGCCACUUCAAAUUGUGUUAGGCAGACUAUGUUUCUCUUUUGUGAUGGUGUUUAAAGUUGACAUGGAGUUACAUUUCUUUGAUCUGUCCUGGAGUCAAUUUAUAGGUGGAACCUAAAGAUCUAAGUGGAAGAACAAUUGGUUGGGCACAUUUCAUUUAUUUCAGUUUGCACGGAGGCCUUGUUGGUGCAUCAACAAAAUCUCCCCAGAAUGAAAUGAAGGAUGGGCAUCAGCCCUGUUUGUUUAAAUUAAUCUGAUAGGUGUGAAUGUUUUCUAGAAAAUUGAAAUGUUAGACAAUCCUCAGAUUUUUUAAAAAAGUUGCCAACACAACCAGGAAGUUGAGCAGAAUUCAGCCAAAUUUAACUAAUUGGGAUUGGCUCAUGUGGUUUGUUAUUUUAUUUUAGCUUUUCACCACUCCAUCUUCUUUCCAGAAGCUCCCAAGGAAAUGAACAAUGUGAAACAUCCAGCUACUUUUCAUAUCCUCCCCAACAUGCAGGGAUUUUCUGCCAUCACCCAUACCAUACAGCACCUUUUUCAUCUGCAGAAAGCUGUUUUUACCGGACAGUUAUGUAUACAAUUCAAAGAAGGACCCCAAUUAGGCCUUGUACCUUAGUGGAGCACUUUCUGUUUUUCUAUGGCUGCUUCUUUACACAGCUUUGGUAAUAUGUACAAUUGGGAGCCCUCACAAUAUCUCCAUUGACUUGCUUCUAUUUCUGUUGAUUGCAUUUCUAAGCAGCUCAGGACUGAAUACAUGGAUCUCCCUACCUCAAAUGCAAAUUGAUCUUCAUGACAACUCUAUGAGAUAGUUGAAAGACAAAUGGCCCACUUUUAUUUUGUGGGAUUUGUGUCUUAACUGAGGUUGUACUGUGUUUUCCUGGUUGUAGGCCAAUCCUUUAACCUUGACAUUGCACUUGUUCUCAGUUAAAUCUUGUGCAUUGUCUCUCUCUUACUUACAUAGAUAUUAAACCAUGUGCGAAGCUGUCACAUGAAAAAGGGUAACAUUUCUAAGAUAAUGUAAACUUAGCCUUAUGUUCUGGUGAAAUCAAUGGGACUACAUUAAACUGUAAGUCUUUCAUUCUGCUUAGUUGGACUUGUUGCAACUGCACUUUGAUGGAUUGUACACACUGUGCUCACUUUCAAAAGCAAAAUGCUAGUUUUUGCAUGCACAUCCUUUUGUUGCCCUGCAUCUGUACAGCUACUCAAUGCACUUUAGUGCUUCCUCUUACUUUUGGGGUUAUGAAAAAUAUCGGAGAUGAUGUCAGCUUUUGUUCUCAUUUUUUAAAAAAAAAAAAAUUACAUGGGCAGCAUGCAAAUACUACCAGGAAGAGCUUGUGUAGAUUCCCCAUGCCAAUUACAGAAUGCUUCCAUCAGCCAUUCAUAAGAGGAGAGCAUUAUUCUAUUUGUUGAAAAAAGGACAGACUGUGAGUACUUGCAAAUGGAAGAUGGAGACAGUGUUUGAGGGCAUUUAGCCGUUCCCUUCAAUGCGAGAUGAGAUUUCAAUAACAGUCUGAUACAUGCAUGAAAGGCUUUGUCUGAAAAUUAACAUAUGUCAACAGCAACAUAGGCAGUCCCCAAGUUAUGAACAGUCCCCAAGUUAUGCAGGUUUGUUCUUAAGUUGAAUUUGUAUGUAAGUCAGAACAGGUAUAUUUUUAAGUGUAACUCCAAAUACACACACACACAAACUUUGGAUAGCAUAGAGAAGGGUUAACACCCCUGCGGUGUUUGUUUUGCUCUCUUUGCCCUUUUUCAGAAGAUUUUACCUCCUUUACUGUCCCCAUGAUAAUUAGAAUUUGAAAAAAAAAUGGCUUGUUGUGGAAACAAGGAUUGGUGAGAUAACUUCAGUGGAGCUCCCUUUUCCCCAUGAUUACUCUUUCAGGAAUGAAUUUCCCAAGGGGUAGAUUAUCUCACUUCCUGUUGUCUCACCCCUGUUCUUAACUUUGAGUCAUUUGUAAGUCAGAUGUUUGUAACUCUGGGACUGCCUGUAUAUCCAUAAAUGACCAUUUUUAUUUAAGGACUUAAACCAAAACUCCUAGCUGCUGUUAUUAAUUGACGGAUGUACUACUCCAGACAUGUGUUCAUAUGGAACUUUUGCACACAUUGUCUUCUCCAUUUACUUCAUCGGAGAAAACAGAUCUGUGUCUGCAAAGGACUGCAGGACAGAUCUGUUUCCUUCAUUGAAGUCAGUUGGGUAUUUCUGCAGGCACCAGAGCACUGCAAACAUAUUAGAGCAUGAGCUCGGGCAGAUCCAACUAGAAAACAUCAAUUUAUGAUUUCUUAUUAGAUCACAUGAAUGAUGCCUAUAUAUGGAGUUUGUUUCCAAAAUGUUCCAAAUUGGAAAAAAAGAGCUAAGGAUAUGAAUCCUUUUGCUACAAAAUGCAGAUUUCCAAGUCCUAUAACAAAGUAAUUUGACAGAUUUUGAUAGUUUUAAUUUGUGCAUAAUAUUCUACUCCUAGCCAACUAUGUGUUGCCACCUAUAGCUCAAAUUUCAAGUAUUUUUAUUUUUAUUUAUUUUUUUGGAUUUAGUAUCUUUGAAAACAAACUCAACAUGUGGGUAACACAGACAACAAAAAGCUGUCUUCUGGCUUUCCCACUGAAUAGCCAAGUCUGAGUUUUUCCUGGUUCAGGUAUCACAACUCACAAUAUAUGUACAUAUAUACCUGUUGAAGCUCUACUUUUGCAAAAUUACAAAUUAAUAUGUCAUCAUUUUUAAUAAUGGCAAUGCCCAGUGCUUUGAAUGUAUCCUUGCUUCUUUAAAGUAUAAGAUACUACUACUUGUUUGGGUAAUUCUACCUUUUUUGGUAAAUGCUCAGCCUAGAAACCAAUUAGUUAGUGAGGAGGAAGCCCCUUGUGUGGAUGAAACAGCUGUGUGGCAUGCACAAUCCCUUACAGCAGUGGUUCCCAACCUCUGGUUCUCCAGGUGUUUUGGACUUCAACUCCCAGAAAUCCCAGCCCUCUUACCAACUGUUAGGAAUUGUAGGAGCUGAGGUCCAAAACACCUGGAGAACCAAAGGUUGGGAACCACUGCCUUACAGCCUGGCACUGUGAUAAAAAAAUAAUUAACAAAAUCUGUUUUUAAUUAUAAUUAAUAGAGUUACCACUUUCUGAGAAAUGUUUAGCAGAAUUGUAUAUAUCAUAUUGAAAUACAUUUUUGGCUCGUGACUGUAGACUGAAGGAAACAAUCUUAACUUCAGUUUAUUUAUUGGUUUCCAUUGGGAAAUGCACAUUUUCUGCCUGCUCCCAGGGAGGGGACAUGGCCCGGCUGUCCAUCAGUUCAGAUUACAAAGAGCCAUGUAACUGUAUAAAGCCUUAAGCUUUUUUUAAAUUCAUUUUGUUCAUGAUUUUGGGUCAUCUACCUGCUGGGUCAACAUCUGACUCGCAGCCAGGCCCAGAGUUUCUUGGAUGUCAGGAGGGAGCUGAGCUUGCUUCCCAUUAAUUCUCUUGUACUUGACAGCCCUGAGGAUUUCUUUCAGACUUAUCCUGCUGUCUUCUUUUGGCCAUAUGUAGCACAAUACAUGGGAGAGGAAGAUGGGAUGAACUCCUGUGGCUCGGUUCUUUAAGUGCUGUAUUUCCUGCAUUGUUACGGUUUUGGUUUUAUAUCUGUGAACUUACCUCUAUGUGCCAAACGGCUUAUUGUGACUAAAUGGCAAAUAACAGUGAAUGUGUUUUGUACAAGUUUUGCAUGUUAUCUUUUCCUUUUCACGGUGGCUGUCUAGGUCACACAGAUAUUGAAGAUGAUCCAGCUGAGUGCAUCAUAUACUUGAUCCGUUAGUUUUGGAUGCUAGUCAGCAAGUGUGAAACACAGCGUCGCUGCUGGAGAUAUUCAUUCUUUCUGCCCACUCAUGUCGAAUGCAAAAUGACCCCACACACAUCAAAAUUAGCUGGAUAGGAAGAAAACCACUGGCAGCACGUUCCUAACCGAUCUGAAGAGCAUAUCUUUAUUGACCAUUUGAGAUGGGCAGAUUCUAAUGGAAUAGUCUUCUAACUCAUCUCCCCAGAAUUGAAUUUGUUUGGGAUUGUGAAUUGUCACAAUCCAGAGGGCCUUGUCAUGACCAGGGAGUUCUUCUCACAUACAAGGUCAUGUAGAGAAUGUGGAAAAAUCUAAGAUGCCUGGUAAACUAAAAGACUACCAAGACCUACAGGGGAUUCCAUGUUACCACUCUCCUGCUAUAUCAGUUUAUGCUCUUUCUGGGGAAAUAUUCAUAAUUGUUUUUUCAAUUCAGUAUAAAAAAUGCGUUGUUUGGGGAAAUAUAUAGUUUGAUGCACUCUGAGUAAGAUUGACAGUCAACCAGGGGUAUACAACAUUGAUUAUGUAAUAUACAUUUGACCUUACUAUACGUAUGCAUUAUAGCCAUUGCAUAAAAUUAUUAUUUUUCUAAUGGCCAUGUAUAUAGUACAUGAGCCAGUGUUGUGUAGUGGUUGGAGCAUUACACUCAAAUGUUUGAAUUCCUGUUUGGCCAUGGAAACCCACCAGGUGACCAGGCAAGCCACAUUUUCUCAGCCUCAGAGAAAGGCAAAUGUACUAAAUGAGACCUUGAGGGUGUGAGGCAAUUAGAAUAACAAAGCACAACUUUGCUAUGAACCUUAAACAAAUUGCUUUGUUUCACAGUUAUAGGUGCAUCUUAGUGUGGAAACAGAAGAUUUUUUUUCCUGUGUUAGAAGUGGCUUGAGAAACUGCAAGUUGCUUCUGGUGUGAGAGAAUUGGCUGUCUGCAAGGACAUUGCCCAGGGGAUGACCGGAUGUUUGAUUUUUUUAAACCAUCCUUGUUGGAGGCUUCUCUCAUGUCACCACAUGGUGAUCUGGAGUUGACAGAGGGAGCUCAACCCACCUUCCCCAGAUUCGAACCACUGACUUGUCAGUCAGCAGUCCUGCUGGCACAAGGGUUUAACCUACUGCGCCACCGGGGGCUCCAACUGAGAGGAUGAAACUAGUGUAAAGUCACAUGCAUUCUAUUCCGUUACUGCAGACACUUAGCAUCUUUCGAACUAAAUAGUGCAACUUUUAAACCAUAUUUCAGUAUUCAGCAAUCCAGAUUAAGAAAAUAUCUGAAGUAGGAGCAUACAAAUGGCAUCAGUCUUUAUGUGGAAACUCUCUGCAUGAUCAGGACCCUGAUUUUUCAAGUUUCCAAAUAAUGCGACCAAUCUUAUAUCUGGCUCUGGCUGUCAUUCAUAUAAUCACUCUCCAUCUGAGGGAAAAGGCAGGAGAGGGAACAGGAUCAGCAACUUUCCCUCCUCAUAUUUUCAACUACGUUAUUUACAGUCUGAAAAGGGCUCUGAAAAUUAUAUUGAUCCAUCUCUGUGCCAUUUUAUCGAAUGCAAUAGCAAGGGGAAAAGAAGGUGCUGAACAGUUAAACCAGGAAGGGCAAAGGUUAUCUAGAGCUGGCCUGGAAGCCAGACCUUAUACAGUAUAUACUCCUCAGGUGGAAAUUAUAGGGCCUGAGUCUUUGGGGAAAACUUUUCACUUACUGGUUUAAUAUCUAACACCUUACGCCAUCAUUGGUAUUCUAUUGCUUGCAUUUUCUUCCAGUGGACAAAAGUCUCAAUGAAAUGUAUCUGGAGUUCAGUUCAUGAAAACACAUGUAUAGCGUUCUAUGAGCUUUUUACCAGAAAUUGAAUAAUGCAUAAAUAAUGAAAAAGGAGUUGUAUCCCCAAGAGCCUGUGUCUUGUCAUGAAACCAACCCACUCCUGUUCUUAUUUUAUUGUUUUAGCUGGUGCAAGAGCUGUUCAGAAUCAAAACCAUUCAUAUGUGGAGCACUGUUAUUAAUCCACAUAUGCAACACAAAACUUUUGUAGGAAUUACGGAGUUUAUGUUGAGUGAUAAAAAAACUCUAUCCACACUGACCAUUAAAACACAGAGACUUGUGAUCUAGAAAAAACCCUCUUCAAAUAAUACCUACUGUUGUAAGAUUUACAAUACUUGCCUUAGACCCCUUCUCCAUUUUAUACCCUCUGAUGUAAAAUUCAUCAGAAACUUUGUGGUCCAGAAUGCUUCUCAUUAAUGAUACAUAUUUACUGUGGAUGAGUAGAUUAUCUAAUAGUUUUCCCAGUCAAUUGUUCUUUGGGAAUGGGAAUAAUUGAAAAGAAUGAUACAAAAUUGGUGCAGACACUAAUAAUUACAGUGAUAUGUAAUCAUGAAACAACUAUAAUAAUUUCAGCCAACAACUUUCAGGGCAAAUGCACAGACUUCCCUGUUAUGAGUCCUAUACAAAACUGUUCUUACUCAGUUGUGUACUCAAUCAUAUUCUGAGCAGGACGGUCACAGGCAUCAGUCCCUACAGAAUUCAAAUUUUAGAGGUUGUUGCCCAUUUUUAUUCCUUCAACAUUUUUUUCUACCUCCUUCCUGUCCAAGAAACCUAUGAGACAAGAAUGUUAACAAAAUAUACACAGAAAUGAUAAUUGCCAUUAUUUUGUCCAUGUGUUGAUUCAAUUUCUUUUAUCUGCAACCUCACACAAACCAAAAUGUCGACAAUGAAAAUCUUAACCUGAUCCUUAUGGUGUAAUCUUUAUUUUAACUAUAUCCUUCUGUAUUUAUGUUUUCCGUAUUUAUGAUGAAUGACAUGUAAUUUGAUGUAUUUAUUGUGGCUUAUUUCUGCAAUGUAUAUAUUAAAAAUAAGCAUUUAUAAGUCUUAAAAUUAGGUUAUUUUUUUUCUUAGUGGCACUCGUAUUAUGCUGUAUUUUUACUAUAUAUUGUACAAUAUAUAUUUAUUGUCCAUUUGUUUGCAACAAAGUAAAUCAGGUUUCUACGUUAAA